AUGAAUAAUAGUUUUGAUGUUGCAGAACUUCUUCUCUCUCACGGAGCAAGGAUAAAUCAAAGUCAAUAUGGAGAAAAUGCUCUUCAUAUUUCAGCUGCCAAUAAUAGUAAAGAAGUGGCAGAACUUUUGCUUUCUCAUGGUGUUGAUAUCAAUGCCAAAUAUAUAGCAGAGACAGCUAUUCACAUUGCAGCUAAGAAAAACCAUCCAGAAAUGAUAGAAAUACUUCUUUCUCACAAAGCAAAUAUUAGUUCUAAAGAUGAUCGUGGAAGAAUGCCUCUUCAUUAUGCAGCAGAAAACAAUUGUAAAGAAGCUUUGGAAUGUCUUAUUUCUAAUGGAGCUAAAGUUAAUCAAAAAGAUAAUUAUGGAAAAACAGCACUAGAUCUCGCUCAUGAAAAAGGUAAUAAAGAAAUUGAAGAAAUUCUUAUGGCUCCUCCAGAAAAAAAGUCAAAAAAGAAAUGUGAAAUUGCAUAA